GUGCUGACCAAAGACUCCGUGACUGUAGCUGUCGAUGCUGUUGUCUACUACCGCAUAUAUAACCCAGUUGUUGCCGUGACAAAUGUAGAGGAUGCAGACAGAUCUACUCGCCUUUUAGCAGCUACCACUCUGCGAAAUGUUUUGGGCACCAAAAAUCUCUCAGAGAUCCUUUCUGAACGAGAGUCAAUUUCUAACAUGAUGCAGGUAGGUAAAAUAAGUUCCUCUUAUUUUCCAUAUAUUUGGUUGAUAUAG